GUCUCAUACUAGGUUUAGUCUACGUUUGAAUUUCCUCCAACUAGGUUGGAAGCCAUGAUCAUAGCCAAGAGCUGUUUGGGUAAUGUUUUUGGGUGUCAGCCGUACAGAUAUAGAAAGAAGACAGAGGUCUAAAGUAUUGAUAGACACCACCACAUUGGCAGAGGAAAAUCGUCUGGGUAUAAGCAAGGAGACAAAGGCUAUUAUAGCUGUCGUAAAUUGGCAGGCCUUGGUAAAUACAAACUGUAAAUAAAACUCAAUAUUAGAAAUCUGGGCUAUAGCAAUGGCUGUUAUCUUUGCGCUUUACAACGGUGACGAGCGAUUUUGGGGCCGCC